GCAAGGGGGGCAAGAAAGGCAGGGGCUCAGGCAGAGGAGAGCGGCACGACAAGGCGACCAUGAAAAGGCCAGCGGCAGUAAAAGCGAAGGCGCCAGAGGCAGACGAGGAGAAAGAUGAGGGCGAGGAAAGUUCGGAAGACGAGUCGAACGGCACGAACUCGGACAACUUCGACGUUGAUGGAGAGGAAAGCGAGGAGGAAGAGGAUGAAGACCAUGAUGAGGUUGUAAGUGGUGGCGAGGAUGCAGACGACGCGAUGAGAGAGUACCAGAAGGCGCAACGUGCGGCUACGAAGAAAGAGAAGGAAGAGACGCAGAGACAGGCCGCCCCUAGAAAAGAUGAGGUUGAGGAGGGCAAACCGAAUGCCAAGACAGCGAAGAAGAGCGCCCCCAAGCCGAAGCAAGGCACUUUGAAGCGGGGAAAGCCAGCGGCGAGCAAGACCGCAGCCAAGACGAAGCAAGAGCCACCGAAUAAGAAAGCGAAGAUGCGUGCCCUGGUGAAUGGCGCCACAUGCGUGCUAACGGGGCUGAUCGACAACGUCGAGGACAACGGAAAGGUGGUCGAGAUCAUACGGGAGGUUGACGGUGACAAGUUUUUGGUGAUGAAAUGGGAGGGUCUGCAGAAAGUCAAAGUCCAUCGUGACAAGAUCCAGCUAGUGGAACGGAACGAGUACGUCAGCCAAUUGACAACGAAGGUCAGCACCGAGGCGCACGGAGACAUCACAUUCAAAGUCACCCCAGAAGCUGGCCGAGCUCCACAAGUGAGGGUCAUCAACGACUCGAACAAGUACGUGUGCGCCAUCACGCUCUCUGGCACGACAAUGAUGGGCUGGUCAAUCGUGCAGAAGAUCAUCGGCGCCAUCAAGUCGGGCCAGAUCAGCCCCGAGAAGGACGCCAUCAUGACGUUCAAG